UGUGUGAGGCCCAGGUUCAAGUCUUGACAUCACAUGGGACCAUCAUGGACAGCAUGGGCGGGGAAGUACUGUGAUGUCUCCCUCUGUCUGUCUUGAGGAUUGCAGAGUAAAGACUAGCCCUGGAGGCAGCUCUGCAGUAUUCCAUGUGCCCGGCCCUGAGUCCACUUCCCGAGGACACACACGCACGCCUCCAGACCUUUCACCUGCACAGCUCUGACGGUCACACCUCUUGUUCUUCUCUUGCAGUCAGUUCGGCCACAGACAGGCUUUGGAAGCCCCUGGACCAGAUCAUUUCUGAGGCCCCUUCAGCUCUGACAGCCGCCAAGCUACCAUCCAGCCAUGGGGGAUAUGAAAACUCCAGAUUUUGAUGACCUUCUGGCUGCCUUUGACAUCCCCGACCCCACCAGCCUGGAUGCCAAAGAGGCCAUCCAGACCCCGACUGAGGAGAAUGAGAGCCCCCUCAAGCCCCCAGGCAUGUGCAUGGAGGAGAGCGUGUCCUUGGCCCACUCAGGGUCCACCUCCGACGUGCCGGCUGUGAGCGUCAUCGUCAAGAACACGAGCCGCCAGGAAUCAUUCGACUCUGAGAAAGACCACAUUGCCCCCAGCCUCCUGCACAAUGGGUUCCGGGGCUCCGACUUGCCUGCAGACCCCCACAGCCUGGGUCACGGCUGCGGGAAGUUCGAGUCCACUUUCAUGAACGGGGACAGCACUCGGGGAUUCUCUAGCAAGCCGGAGCCCACCAAAUCGGAGCCACUCCCAAACUUUAACCAGUUCAGCCCCGUCUCCAGUCCUGAGCCCGAGGAGGCCGUCAAAGACAACGGCUUUGGGAUGAAGCCCAAGCACUCCGACAGUUAUUUCCCACCCCCUCCUGGCGGGGGCACCGUCCUGGAGGCUCUGUCCAAGUUUCCGGUCACUGAGCUGCAUAUGUUCGAUCACUUGUGUAAGAAAGAGCCCAAGCUAGAGCCGCUGCCCUCGGGGAGCCCACGAGAGCUGGAGUGUGGUGGGCAGAAAGCAGCUGAGCCUCACAAGGAGCUAGACGCCAGUCGCUUCUUUGGAGAAGCUUUGGGGUUCAACAGUCACCCCAGCAACAGUAUUGGGGAGCUCAAGGGGCUGGCCCCAGAGCUUGCUUCCUGCUCCUCCGUGCCCCCCCGGCAGCGCCUCAAGCCAGCUCACUCCAAGCUGUCCUCCUGUGUGGCAGCCUUGGUAGCCCUGCAGGCCAAGAGAGUGGCCAGUGUCACCAAGGAGGAGCAGCCUGGCCACCCCAAGGACCCCUCAGCACCCACUAAAGAGGUCUCCAAGGGCAGCCCCCAAAUGCCCAAGUCACCAAAGAGUCCCCGGAGCCCCCUGGAGACCGCCAGGAAAGGCGGCAAGCCCUCAGACAGCCCUCGGAGUGUCUGCAGCGAUGCCAGCAGCAGGGGCUCCCCAUCUGUGGCUGCCAGCUCCCCACCAGCAAUUCCCAAAGUCCGAAUCAAAACCAUCAAGACGUCCUCGGGGGAGAUCAAGAGGACGGUCACGAGGAUCCUGCCAGACCCUGAUGACCCCAUGAAGUCCCCCACGGGGUCACCUCUGGGGAGCACGGUCACAGAGGCCCCCAGCGAGGGGCCAGAGGACGAGGAGCACUCUCAGGGGGCGACCCCCACAAAUUCAGGGAGCCCCCAGGGCACUAGGAAGGCGGGAGAGAAAGCCAGCGGGUCUCCCUGUGGUGGCUCUGGGGCUCGUAGCAACAAGGGGCCUGGCUCAGGCGUGCAGGCGGGCAGGAAGGCGGCCCCCAGCACGGCCACUGCCCAGGCCCCCGCCAGCCUGCUGCCCAAAGCCGUGCACCUGGCCAACCUGAACCUGGUGCCCCACAGCGUGGCCGCCUCUGUCACGGCCAAGUCGUCGGCCCAGCGACGCGGCCAGGCGCAGCCCACGCAGAUGUCGGUGCCGCUGGUGCACCAGGUGAAGAGGGCCGCCCCGCUGGCUGUGGAGGUGUUCCACAAGGUCCUGCAUAGCUCCAACCCCGUGCCCCUGUACGCACCCAACCUCAGCCCACCCGCUGACAGCCACAUCCACGUGCCGGCCAGCGGCUACUGCUGCCUGGAGUGUGGCGAUGCCUUUGCCUUAGAGAAGAGCCUGAGCCAGCACUACGGCCGGCGCAGCGUGCACAUCGAGGUGCUGUGCACACUCUGCUCACAGACGCUGCUCUUCUUCAACAAGUGCAGCCUGCUGCGCCACGCCCGAGACCACAAGAGCCGGGGGCUGGUCAUGCAGUGCUCGCAGCUGCUAGUUAGACCCAUCGCUGCCGACCAGAUGUUCCUGCCGGCCCCCUCCGGCGCCCCCGCGCCCCCACCUGCCCCCUCCUCCCCCAGGCCCGGCCCCUUGGCCCCGGCGGACAGUGCCAACUCCCCCAUCCCCGCUCUGCCGCUCUACCCGGACCCCGUGAGGCUCAUCCGGCAUGGCGUCAAGUGUCUGGAAUGUCACCGGCAGAUGCGUGACUACAUGGCCAUGGCCGCGCACUUCCAGAGGACCGCAGACGAGAGCGAGGGGCUGACGUGCCAGGUGUGCCAGAUGCUGCUGCCCAACCAGUGUAGUUUCUGUGCCCAUCAGCGGAUCCACGCACACAAGUCCCCCUACUGCUGCCCGGAGUGUGGAGUCCUCUGUCGCUCUGCCUACUUCCAGACCCACGUAAAGGAGAAUUGCCUGCACUAUGCCCGCAAGGUGGGCUACAGGUGCAUUCACUGUGGAGUGGUCCACCUGACCUUGGCCUUGCUGAAAAGCCACAUCCAGGAGCGCCACUGCCAGGUUUUCCACAAAUGUGCAUUCUGCCCCAUGGCCUUCAAGACUGCCGGCAGCACGGCGGACCACAGCUCCAGCCAGCACCCCAGCCAGCCCCACCGACCCUCCCAGCUCAUCUACAAGUGUUCCUGUGAGAUGGUCUUUAACAAGAAGAGGCACAUCCAGCAGCACUUCUACCAGAACGCCAGCAAGGCGCAGGUGGGCGUGUUCAAGUGCCCCGAGUGCCCACUCCUGUUCCUGCAGAAGCCAGAGCUCAUGCAGCACGUCAAGGACACCCACGGGGUUCCCCGAAACGUGGACGAGCUAUCUAGCCUCCAGUCUGCGGCUGAUACAUCUUCCAGCCGUGCUGGCUCCCAAGUUCCUGCUGAGCCCCCGCCCCCCAGCACCACAUCUCGCGUCGGCUCCCUGGCCUCCAGCCGCUGGGGCCGGCCUGAGAGCCAUCGCAGGGCAGAGGUCAAGCCCCGGCCGAGGACCACAGGCUGGACCUGCCAGGAGUGCCAGGAGUGGGUCCCCGACCGCGAGAGCUACGUGUCCCACGUGAAGAAGAGCCAUGGGCGGACGCUGAAGCGGUACCCGUGCCGGCAGUGUGAGCAGUCCUUCCACACACCAAGCAGCCUGCGCAAGCACAUCCGCAACAACCACGACACCGUGAAGAAAGUCUACACGUGCGGGUAUUGCACAGAGGACAGCCCCAGCUUUCCCCGGCCCUCCCUGUUAGAGAGCCACAUCAGCCUUAUGCACGGUAUCAGAAACCCUGAUCUGAGCCAGACGUCCAAAGCUAGAACUCCGGGUGGACAUUCCCCUCAGGUGAACCAUCUGAAAAGACCAUUUAGUGGAGCUGACAAUGCUUCCAGCACCAGCAAUGGCACGACUGUCUCUUCCACCAAAAGGCACAAGUCCAUUUUCCAGUGCGCUAAAUGUAGCUUUGCCACAGACUCAGGGCUGGAGUUCCAGAGCCACAUACCUCAGCACCAGGCGGACAGCUCCACGGCCCAGUGUCUUCUCUGUGGCCUGUGCUACACCUCAGCCAGCUCCCUUAGCCGCCACCUCUUCAUCGUCCACAAGGUGAGAGACCAGGAGGACGAUGAGGCAUCGGCCGAGGCAGAGGAGGGCUCCGGGGAGGAAGUGCCGGCGGAGACCAGGGAGAACGGACUGGAAGAAGGUACCGGCAGGCCUUUGUUAGGGGACCCCGAGGCCAGGCCCACCCUGAGGCCAGCCCCUGAGGAUGACGGUGCCCCGGACGCCCAAAGUUCACCCCUGUCUUCUGAGGAACAGCGUGGCCACACUCCAUCCCGGAAGGUGUGACCACAGGCUUUGUGUGCGUGCAGUGGGUGGUGCCAUGGCAUCCCCUGCCUGUUUAGUGCACAGGAAACUGCCAGGUUCUGCCCCAGGCUCCAGGUGCUGGGAGUUCCCCAGACCCCCGGACAUAGGGGUUGCCCAUGGCUCUGAAUUUGCUUCUGUUAUUUAUGGCUUUGUGCUGCUUCUUGGUGCCCCAAAUCUGGUCUGUGUCCUUCCGCCCCAGUGCUGUCAUCUCAGGCAGAGACCCCUCAGUGUCUGUGCCCCGCCUGAAGUGCCUUCUCUCUGCCAGCAGAGAGAAGACACAGGUGCUGGGUUGUCCUUCUGGGAGAGCCCAGCCUAGCCUGGCACUAACCUUUCUGCCUCACCCCUCCCUCUUGUCCCCCCUGGUCUUUUGCCCCCAGUAGUCCUGGGGAAUGAAUUGUCCUAGCUGCCAUCCCAUUUGGAGCAGAGGCAGCUCUGCAGCACCCUUCCCUUUGGGAGCCAGAGCAGGAAGUGAAGUGCAGUGCAGGGCUGGCCCCGGAGCUGCCUCCUUCUCUGUUGCUGCUGCGCCUUUGCUGCAGGGCCUGUGUCCUCAUGCUCCUGUGCCAGAGGCCGUGCCCUGGCCGCCCUCCUCAGCUACUCUCAUGUUGCUCAGACUCGAUUUCAAAUAAAACAAUCUUCUGACCGUGCAGGUAGGCUCUUGUAUUCCUCUUCAGUGAGCCUGGUCCCUGCUCCUAAGGGUCUUUCUUUCCCUGUCCCAUCUCUGCAGGACUGCAUGUACCGUACUAUUCUGGAAGGUUCUCUCGAGGUCUGGAGCUUGGUUAGGAAACCCUGUUCUCUAGUGACAUCCAAGGGAUGAGGGGAGAGUCUCACUGUUGGUUCAGUGCUCUGCCAGGCUUAGCUACCAGCACUGGCUUUCAGGACUGCUGGAACUUUCUGGGCUCCUCCACCUUCCUCACAAAUGCUCAUCAGUCUUGGCCCCCUUACUGGCAAGGAGGAGGGGUGACAGGGAGACAUUGUAAUUCUCUUGCAGCAUUCAGAGCCUCAACAUUCCAGCUGCCACGGGGAGCUCAAGAUGCUGGGACUAGCAGGGGAGCUGGGCUGUCCUCGAGCAUGGAGCUGAGUGCUUGUACUGGAGCAGGCUGUGUGGCAGUGACCUCUGACCCAGUAGCCCAGCCCAACGUGGGAGAUAGUCCAGGCCCAACAAGAGCUGGUGCCCACCUUGCCCUCCGUGUUGUCUGAAGGGGGACGUUGAAUACCCACAAUAAAUUAUUAAGUCAGACACACAUAUCUCACCUUCCCACAACUUAAACAAAAUCCAUCUUCUUCUUCUAUCAAAUGUCAGGUUUUCAGUGGCCAUGCUGGUGGCGUUGAGGUAGGCUAGCACUUAUUGUUGCCAAGGCCACUACUGUCUAACAGUUGUGCUCCUGGACAGCCCUGGGCCCCCUCUGCCAAGCAGGUGGAGGCGAAGGGGCCUACUGUCUGUUGCCUACAGAGCCAGGGCUUCCCGGCUCAGGGGCCACAUCUCUCCUGCUCCCACUGCUGGCGCUCUCCCUGCAGCCGGGUCCACCCUGGGCUCCAGAGGCAGACACAGGGUUGGGUGGCUGGAGCAGCGGGGCGCACGGGAAGGACAUUCGCCCUGAGUCCUCUCCUUCCCGGCAGUGGUGUGUAGACACACUGUGCCAUGUCCCUGGUGAGGUAGCAGGUCACAGCUGGGGCCUGGCCCUCAUCUGCUCCUGCAAUGCUGCCACCCCGCUGCCCAUGGCAUCCACAUAGAGCUGUGGCCACACCCUCAGUGAGGGCGGGACGGGAGUGCCUCAUAGCCCAGCUGCCAGGCUUCACUGGGCCUGAGGUCCUGCGGGCCAGAGCUGUGGAGCAGCAGGAGCCCUGGGCUGUAAGUAAGGCACUCUGGCCAGCCUGUCUGCUGCUCAUGUCCAGACACUGGUGCCUGAGUUGCUAGGCUGCUUGGGCAUGCUGCCAGCUGGCCAGCUACUCCCUGCCUCCCCUGCACCAUCCCUGGCUGGGUUCUCUGUGGAUCCAGUCUGUGCCCCGUCAGCCCGGACAGAAGCUGUGUACCACCCGGGCUCAGGGUGACCUGGAAACACACCAGCUUUCCCUGCCACCGCCUGACCCAGCCCUGGCAGGGAGGGGAGGUUGUCAAGAAAAGUUUGCUCAGCUCCUCAAGGUCCACCAUCUCCUGAUUUCUCUUUUUGAGGAUGCUUUUUAAUGGCUGUGCUAUCGUGUUCUUAUCAGGAAGCGGGGCCAUAACAAGCACUUACCUGCACGUCUGCUGCUCCACUCUGGUUCCACAGACAAGCUCCCCACCCUGCAGAGAUGACAGUACACUCCACCCCUGACAAAUGGCCUGGCUUUAUUUUACAACUGCUUAAUCUCUGUAAAAUGAUACUUGAAAUUACUGGAAGGAGCUGUUCCUUGGAGUUGUGUAGCAGUCUGGCAGCCUAGUGAGUCCCCCACCCCCAAGCCCUCAGGCCUCCCUGAGAUUGGGAACCCGGACAUAGGCAGCACCCAUCGUCUGGCACACUUUCCCCCCCUUGUUUUGUUUUUUGAAACAUCGCUACUCAUACAUGGUAAGGCAUGUAAACAGUGCAGAAGAGUUUACCACAGAAAUGGGCUUCCCAGCGGAGGUCAGUGGCAGCCCCAUCUUUACCCCCCAGAGUUCAUCACCGUUACCCAUGCCUGUGUACCCUUUCUGAGCAAUUCUAUGCAUUUACAAAUUUAUACAUAUGUAUAUUUAUAUAUCUAUUUUUAAUACAAAUGGUAGCCUUCUAUACA